GUUAGCGUCGGUCGCUCGUGUGUCGUGCUACGUCGCGAGUGAUGUCGCAGCAUGACUGCGCGUGCCUUGUUGUGGUGCCUUGUCCUCAUCGCGGUCGGAACCCUCGACGCGGCCGCGGGCCGUCAUCGUCUACACCACGUAGCCACUCGUCACAAACACUCCGAGUUCGUUAAAGGAAAAAUAUGCAUCGGCACGAAUGGUCGAAUGUCGGUGCCAUCGAAUCGCGAAACUCAUUACCGGAAUCUUCGCGAUCGUUUCACAAAUUGCACCUACGUCGACGGGAACCUCGAGCUGACAUGGCUGGAGAACGACACCAUGGACCUGUCCUUCCUCAAGUACAUACGAGAAGUCACAGGAUACGUUCUCAUAUCUCAAGUACACGUACCGCAGAUUAUUCUGCCUCAUCUACAAAUCAUCCGCGGCAGAACUCUAUUCAAAUUAAACGUGAGAGACGAAGAGUUCGCUCUAAUAGUUACCAUGUCCUCGGCCUUCACUCUCGAAUUGCCGGCACUUCGUGACGUCCUCCGAGGCAGUGUCGGCAUCUAUGAUAAUUAUAAUCUCUGCCACGUCAAGACUAUAAAUUGGGAUGAAAUUAUAACCGGUGUAAAUGCGACAUAUGUGUAUGUUUACACCUUUCAAACGCCAGAACGAAAGUGUCCGCGAUGUGACCCUAGUUGUGUAGAGGGAUGCUGGGGUGACGGCCCCGAGAAUUGUCAGAAAUUCUCUAAAACGAACUGUAGUCCCCAAUGUGCUCAAGGUCGGUGUUUCGGACCUAACCCCCGAGACUGUUGUAACACGUUUUGUGCAGGUGGUUGCACAGGUCCACUACCUACCCAAUGUCUUGCCUGUAGAAACUUCUAUGAUGAAGGCACCUGUUCCCAAGAAUGUCCGCCAAUGCAGAUAUAUAAUCCCACCACAUAUUCUUGGGAACCGAAUCCAAACGGCAAAUAUGCCUAUGGAGCAACCUGCGUACGCAAUUGCCCUGAGCAUCUAUUAAAAGAUAAUGGCGCGUGUGUAAGAAGCUGUCCGCCAAAUAAGACAGCCGUGAACGGUGAAUGCAAACCAUGUAAUGUCACUUGCCCAAAAACUUGCCACGCAGAGAAACCCAUUCACUCAGGAAAUAUCGAGAGCUUUAGAGACUGUACUAUUAUUGAUGGGUCUAUAGAAAUAUUGGAAAUGACAUUUACUGGAUUCCAACAUGUCAAUCCUGAUUAUUCUUUUGGAGAACGAUAUCCGAAAAUGCAUCCUGAUAAACUGGAAGUAUUUAGCACCGUCCGCGAGGUGACAGGAUACUUAAAUGUUCAGGCUAUUCAUCCUAAUUUCACUAGCCUCUCAUACUUUCGUAAUUUGGAAGUUAUUGGAGGACGACAAGUUGUUGAAAAUCUCUUUGCUUCAUUGUAUAUAGUAAAAACCUCAUUGAAAUCUUUGGGCCUGAAAUCUCUGAAAAAAGUUAACUCUGGAGCAAUAGCAAUUAUGGAAAACAAAGAUCUAUGUUUUGCAGAUAAAAUAGCUUGGAACAGGCUAGUGAAAUCAAAGGAACACAAACAAAUUAUACAGAACAACGGCGUUCCAACGACUUGUGCGAAUUUGGUGUGUGACCCGCAAUGUUCAGAGGAUGGAUGCUGGGGUCCUGGGACAGACCAAUGUCUUUCAUGCCAAAACUUCAAAUACGAAGAAAUGUGCAUUAAAAAUUGCAGUGUCAUACCAGGAUUGUACAAAGCCGGUCCGAAGACUUGUGAAAAAUGCGAUCCAGAAUGUCUAGACGGCUGUACGGGACCAAGCCGAGCUAACUGCACUGUUUGUAAACACGUACGAGAUGGUCCAUACUGUGUCAGCAAAUGCCCUGAAUCUAGAUAUCCUUCUGAAAACGGCACAUGUCUCCCAUGUCAUGCAAAUUGCUAUAAUGGUUGCACGGGACCAGCAAAUACCGUUGGUGUAGGUGGUUGUAAUUAUUGCAAGAAAGCUAUCAUUAGUGUAGAAGCGACAGUAGAACGCUGUCUAAAAGAAAACGAGCCUUGCCCGGAUGGAUAUUAUAACGAAUGGGUUGGAAACGUAAAACCACUCGAGGAACAAGUCAACAUCGGUUGCAGAAAAUGUCAUCCACUCUGUCUACAUUGCACAGGAUUUGGUAUUCAUUCCCAAGUAUGUGUUGUAUGUAAAGGUUACAAACGAGGAGAUCAAUGCGAGGAAGAAUGUCCCAUUGACCACUUUACUGAUAAAAGUGGUCGAACCUGUUCUCCAUGUCACUCAGAAUGUCGGGGUUGUACAGGACCAUCAUCGACCAAUUGUAUAAAAUGUCAAAACCUUAAAAUUCUUCUUAAGGAUAAAAAUUCCGCUGAUCCCACAAUACCUGCAUUUAACUGCACUGAUGUGUGUCCAGAUAAUAUGCCACAUAAAAUAUACUUUGACGAGCAAUUACAAAAUCCAAUUGACGAACCCUAUUGCUCAGAAUCUCCUAACGAUCUUCCGUCCAUGGCAACAGCAAAAACUCCAACUGUACAAGUAAUUAUUUUAGUGAUUGCCUUCUUACUUCUGGUGAUCUUAGGAAUUAUCUGCUAUACUUGUAGACAAAAAGCAAAUGCGAAAAAGGAGGCCGUUAAAAUGACUAUGGUAUUAACAGGAUGUGAGGAUAACGAACCACUUCGACCCACUAACGUUAAACCAAAUCUAGCCAAAUUGCGCAUUGUAAAAGAAGCUGAGCUUCGUAGAGGUGGAAUGCUAGGAUUCGGCGCGUUCGGAAAAGUAUAUAAAGGUGUUUGGGUUCCAGAAGGUGAAAAUGUUAAAAUUCCAGUCGCCAUCAAAGUGCUCAAAGAAGGCACUGGCGCCAAUACAAGUAAAGAGUUCCUAGAAGAAGCGUACAUAAUGGCCAGUGUAGAGCAUCCAAAUUUACUUCAGUUGUUGGCUGUAUGUAUGACAAAUCAAAUGAUGCUUAUCACUCAACUAAUGCCACUGGGCUGUUUACUAGAUUAUGUCAGAAUGCAUAAAGAAAAGAUUGGAUCUAAAGCGUUCUUGAACUGGUGUACCCAAAUAGCGCGCGGCAUGGCGUACUUGGAAGAAAAAAGAUUAGUUCACAGAGAUUUAGCUGCACGGAAUGUCUUAGUACAAACACCGAACUGUGUUAAAAUAACAGAUUUCGGAUUAGCCAAACUACUAGAUAUAAAUGAAGACGAGUAUAAAGCAGCUGGAGGCAAAAUGCCUAUUAAAUGGUUAGCAUUAGAAUGUAUACAGCAUAGGAUAUUCACACACAAAAGUGAUGUAUGGGCAUUUGGUGUGACCAUUUGGGAAAUAUUGAGCUAUGGCGCUAGACCGUAUGAAAAUAUUUCUGCCAGAAAUGUACCAGAACUCAUUGAGAAUGGACUAAAACUUCCUCAACCUAAUAUAUGCACUUUAGAUAUAUACUGCAUAAUGGUUUCAUGCUGGAUGUUAGAUGCAGACAGUAGACCAACAUUUAAGGAACUAUCGGACACAUUCGCAGAUAUGGCUAGAGAUCCAGGUAGAUAUCUUGUCAUACCUGGGGACAAGUUCAUGCGUCUGCCAUCCUAUUCAACUCAGGAUGAAAAGGAGCUAAUAAGAAAUCUUUCAUCAGCUAUGGAAGGUACAGAGUCCCUAGUUGAAGCUGACGAAUACCUACAACCCAAAUUCAAAACUAUACCUGGCACAGCAACAUCUAUCUCAGCAGUGAGCACAGGAGUGGAAACUCAAACCAGUUCAUUGAAGCCGUGUACGUCAUCAUCUUGGGCAAAUAACGUCACAGGUCCAGAAUGCGUGACUUCAGAUGGCUCCAAUAAACCCGAAAUUUGGGACCAGGAAAUGCUUAGAUAUAAUCAUCAAAUAAACCCUGAUGGCAGUGAGCUACGGCACUACUACAACAAUGGGGUAUGUGCUUCUGAUAGCUCUAGUUCAAGAUACUGUAGCGAUCCUAUGAAAGUAAGGCCUGAGGGCACUGAAAGUAAUUUCGACAGCGUGUCGAAAACGAAAGAAGCUCAGGUCGGAAACCUUAAAUUAAACUUGCCUUUAGAUGAAGACGAUUACUUAAUGCCGUCACCGCAGCACAAUCAAAAUGCGUCAGCGUACAUGGAUUUGAUUGGAGAAGGCAGUGAAGGUCAAGAGGUGAAAGAGAUACCUUACAAUGGUUUCGUGGGACCGAAGCGAUGCGUAGAUAAUCCAGAGUACUUGAUGUCAGAUGAAAGCGUGCCGGCACAAACAUUAGGUAUACCGACAGAACCAUUGCCACUAGAAUCGCUGUGUGUGAGCGAAGGUAGCGGAAGCGAGAGCAUACCGCAACCUGGUACUAGCAAGUACCUUCCUCAGAGAUCUGUGGAGGAGGAGUCCAUGUCCGACCACGAGUACUAUAAUGACUUGCAACGUGAGCUACAGCCGCUACGUAGGAACGAGACUACAGUGUGAGUGUUAUUUUGUCAUCAUGUGAUACAACGUAUAGACUGAUCUCUCACUAAAUGACUGUUAAUACAAAAUAUUGCGCACGCGCGCCCUUCGUGCCAUUGGAGUGAUGGCUAGUGUUAGUUUGUUGAUUAAACUUCAACUAAAAAGUUUAUUAUAGUUAUAAAGAACGAUUUCGUUAUUUUUCUACUUAAAAGUUUGUAAUAGAAUAUUAUGACAUUGUAAUUUGUAAAAAUGUUUUAAUUUUUAUUAGUUGCGCGGAGGUUGCACAUAACAAAUUAUAACUUAUUUAUUAAUUUAGUUUAAGUAUGGCUAUGUUUACGUUUUUCGUAUGCUGUAGCAUUAAGUGGCUAAGCGAUUGUUAUAUUAACUUUAAACUGUGAUAAUUAGGUUAAUUACUAUACAAUGGGACCAGUGAUAUAAAUUAAAUAAA